AUGGAAAAAUCCAAUGACAGCUCAGCGUAUGGUUUUAUCUUGGUGGGCUUCUCUGAUCGUCCCAAGCUGGAGAUGGUGCUCUUUACAGUAAAUUUUAUUCUGUAUUCAGUGGCUGUGCUGGGAAAUUCAACCAUAAUCCUUGUGUGUAUAUUAGACUCUCAACUUCAUACCCCAGUGUACUUCUUUCUGGCAAAUCUUUCCUUUCUAGAUCUCUGCUUCAGUACUAGUUGCAUCCCACAAAUGCUGGUAAACCUCUGGGGCCCUGACAAGACUAUUAGCUGUGCUGGCUGUGUUGUCCAGCUUUUCUCUUUCCUUUCUGUCAGGGGAAUUAAGUGCAUUCUUCUGGCUGUCAUGGCCUAUGACAGCUAUGCUGCAGUCUGCAAACCGUUGCGCUAUCUGGUCAUUAUGCACCUCCAGCUGUGUCUAGGACUGAUGGCUGCAGCCUGGGGGAGUGGACUGGUCAAUGCCAUUGUCAUGUCACCACUAACAAUGACCCUCUCCAGAAGUGGCCGCCGCCGAGUUAACCAUUUCCUCUGUGAAAUGCCAGCACUGAUCAAGAUGGCUUGUUUGGAUGUUCGUGCAGUGGAAAUGCUGGCCGUUCUCAUUGUCCUACUGCCCUUCACUCUUAUUCUUGUCUCCUACGGCUACAUUGCUGCAGCUGUGCUAAGCAUCAAGUCAGCUGCCAGGCAAUGGAAGGCCUUCAAUACCUGUAGCUCUCACCUCACAGUGGUCUCCCUGUUUUAUGGGAGCAUCAUCUAUAUGUAUAUGCAGCCAGGAAACAGCUCUUCUCAAGACCAAGGCAAGUUUCUCACUCUCUUCUACAACCUGGUGACUCCUAUGUUGAAUCUGCUCAUCUAUACUUUAAGGAAUAAGGAGGUGAAAGGAGCACUGAAGAAGGUUUUGGGGAGGCAAUAA